AUAAAGACAAAGUGAUGAUUACAAGCGCUUAAAGCGCGUGAAUCCAAGGCUGCGUUCCAUUUAACGCUCACAACGCUCGCAGAAUUAUUUCAUCCUUGUCGUUUAUCAGAUAUUAAACAAAGACAAACGAUGCUCGCGAGUGUUGCGAGCGUGAAACGGAACGCAGCUCAAAUCGAUCGUAGCCGUUGGUUUCUUAUGUCAUGCACGUGGUUGUAGACGAAUUCGACGGAGUAAUUUUUCCAAGUAUAAACGAUGACGUACAAACGUAAAAAGACUCACGGAGGUGAAAAGCGUUUGAAGAAGAGUUAUCGGACGAAACGGAGGACGAAGGACUUGGACGAGAUUGACGAGGAUCUCAAGGAAGAGAACGCGAGGAAGCUAUUAAACCAGAAAGUGGACUUCGAUAAGCCGGGAGCAGCCCAGUAUUAUUGUGUGCAUUGCGCGAGGUAUUUUAUAGACAAAACUGCUCUGCAUACUCACUUCAAUACUAAAGGGCAUAAACGACGAAUGAAAGCACUCGAAUUAGAGCCGUACACUAUCCAAGAGUCAGAAAGAGCAGCAGGCAAAGGAAGUUACAUCAGGCCACAAAAACGAAAGAUUGAAACCAUGACACAGAAAGAUCUGAACAUAAAUGUUGCGUCAGAUGCUAAAGUAAUGAAAAUAAACGAAUAGAGUUACCUUAUAAUUCGUUUUAAA